AUGGCAGCUAAAAACAAUGUGACUGAAAUCAUUCUCUUGGGGUUUUCCCCCAACCAGGAUGUACAGAAGACCAUUUCUGUGGUAUUUCUCCUCAUGUACAUGGCCGUUGUCCUGGGUAACGGCCUCAUUGUGGCAACAAUCAUGGCCAGCAAAGUGCUCACCUCCCCCAUGUAUUUCUUCCUCAGCUACUUGUCCUUUGUGGAGAUCUGUUACUGCUCUGUCACAGCCCCCAAGCUCAUAAUUGACUCUUUUAUUGAAAGGGAAAGCAUUUCCCUCAAGGGCUGUAUCACUCAGAUAUUUUUCCUCCAUUUCUUUGGUGGCACCGAGAUCUUUCUCCUGACAGUCAUGGCCUAUGACCGCUACGUGGCCAUCUGCAAACCCCUGCACUACACCGUCAUCAUGAACCGGCGCGUGUGUGGCCUCCUGGUGGGUGCAGCAUGGGGUGGGGGCUUGCUGCAUUCUGUUGGGCAAACGUCCCUCAUUUUCCAGCUGCCGUUCUGUGGCCUCAAGGUCCUUGAUCACUACUUCUGUGAUGUCCACCCCAUGCUGAAGCUGGCCUGCUCAGACACCUUCCUCAUUGGUGUGCUCAUCAUCCUCAAUGGUGGCUCCAUUUCAGUGAUCAGCUUCAUGGUACUGCUUGCUUCCUACGUGGUCAUCUUGUGCUCCCUGAGGACGCGGACCUCAGAAGGUCGGCGCAAGGCUCUGUCCACCUGUGCCUCUCACAUUGUGGUCGUGGGCCUGUUCUUCAUUCCCUGUUCCUUUGUCUACAUGAGGCCCUGUGUUACCCUCUCUGCAGAUAAGAUAGUCGCUGUGUUUUACACAGUGCUCACGCCUCUCUUAAACCCCUUCAUUUACUCCUUCAGGAAUGCUGAAGUGAAAAAUGCCAUGAGGAGCCUGAUGAUGAGGACAGUCAUUUGGGGAGAGAAAUAG